ACGAAGUCCAAUUAGAUGUUGAGAAAAUAGGACUUCUGUUAGAAGAUUAUCUGAUCGAUAUUGACGGGGUCGUCUUCCCUCCUCAUAGUAAUACUCUAACGGGUGAUGAAGGUAAACACGAAAAUACUUCAGGGGAUGAAUCUAUGCACGAGUAA